CUCAAUCGAUUGUUGUUGUAAAAUUGUUUACAAAAAAUACAGCAAGCUCAAAACAUUUCUCAUUCACAAUGAUAAUAUAUAUCUGUCUUGUAUCGUUCGUUUUGUGGGUCGGUUAUAAGUUUAUUUAACUCUAAUCUUUCAUUAAAAUAAAAAUGUAAUCUAAAUAUUACUUAUUAUCGUAACAUACAUUUCAAUUUUAUUAGAAAAUGUACUAAAAUAUCAACAAUGUCUACAAUUUUCGCUAAUAGAAGUAAAAUUAUAACAGAAAUGAUGAAGUUUUCAUUUCACCAUAGAGCUUUUUAUUGUUAUCUUGGGAUGAGUGUUUGGAUAUUCUUUUUAAUAACAGUUAUGUAUAAGUACAUGUCCUUGGGAGAAGAAACAAUAGCAGCCAAGAAGAUUGUACGCAAUGAGUACUUAUCAAAGAGUGACGCCAAGUUUCGGAGGAUCUACCUGAGGGCUUGCAACCCUCCCGACAGUAUUGUGAGGGGAUCUGAAGGGGUGGUAGACAGUGACACAUGGAUGCUGCAGGGAGCCCUAGUGGUGACACGACACGGCGACAGAGGUCCACUGACACAUCUCAAAAAUGGCGACAAAUUACCCUGCGACGCUGACCCGGUCUCGCCACUUUUGAAAAGCUACGAGGAGUUUGUAGCCAACUCCAGUUCGACGGGGCGCGCAUGGUGGGUGUCGGUGGCGGGCCCCUUCCACAACUUUCCAUCGUUACCGGCGCGCGCGGCCGGCACUAGAUGCGCGCUAGGACAACUGACACCGCGAGGGAUCCUGCAGAUGAUCACUGUUGGUAACAUUUUAAGGGAAGCGUAUGGAGAUAAAUUGAAUUUGGAGGCCGUGGAACCACAGGGCAAAAAAGAUACUGGUGAAGUAAUUUCAUACAGCACUCGCUACCGUCGUACAUAUCAGUCUCUGGUCGGGUUGUGGUACGGGGCGGCGCGGGGCGGGGCGGGGGCCAGGGCUGCGCCGGCCCGCGAAGCCCAUAGUGUCGCUUUCUGCUUCCGGGAUUGCGCUUGCGCUGCUCACCAUGCACUUAACAAAAAAAUAAACACGCAAGCAAAGAACCGUCUUGAAUCUCACCCUGCAAUCAAGGAGCUAGUCAGUAAACUGUCCAAAGUAUUGUUUGAAUCUCAAGAACAUCCUGACGCUGACGUUGUGAGGGAUGCCCUCCUCGCCUACAUGUGCCACGACGCUGCCCUCCCAUGCACAGAGAAACCAAAGCCCCCAAGUAAGCCAAAACUCUCACUAGACAAAAAGCACAAAAAGUUUCGACCGAACACAAUUCCUUCUAGAAAGAUUUUGGAUGUGGAUAUUGAUACGUUGAAUAUGGAACUGGAUUACAUAAAUAACCAAAUGGACUUCAAUAAUGAAAUAGGUAGAAAAGCCAGGGAUAUUAUAGGCAAGUACUAUGAUAGUAAGAAAGCCCCUCUAGACUUUGACGCUCAAAUGGAGAGAGAGAAAUUAUUAUAUUACCAACAGCGCUAUUUAGACAACGCCGACGGUUACGAAGACGUUGUUAUUGUGAAGAAGAAUUUAGACGCUGAUUUCAAUUUCCCGAACGACGCCCGUAUGGAUACGGACUUUGACGAGGAUUACAAAGAACCGACCCCAGAGAGUUCAGAAGACUUCUGCAUCAAAAAGGAACAUGUAAUGUCCUUGUUUGCGUACUUAGAGUGGAGUUAUCGGCAGGAAAUUAAAAACGUACACAAUAGAAGAAGAGGGUUGCUAGUAGCGUACGGUUUGAUACACAAUAUUGUUCAGAAUAUGAUUCGGAUGAUAUCUGAGAAUAAGCCCAAGUUUGUCGUCUACUCCGGCCACGAUAAAACCCUGCAAGCCUUGAUACUUGCCCUCGGUCUCCAUAACUACCAACACUACAACAUACAAUACGCCUCAAGAAUGAUUUUCGAGGUACUGGAGCAGAUCUAUAAGCGAACCCGGUGCCUGUUGCAGGCGCCAAGGGUGGCCAUUGAAGCUGAUUAG